AUGACGGCCCAAUCAGUAUCAGGAAACUUCACCAACCUCGAUGUACCGCUCGCUGUCCUACGAAACAUUGCAGACAAACUGGUCGCUUCCGACCCACUCGUACCGGAGACUUGGGAAGUCGAUUUCAAGCCAGUGACCAUCAUUGCGAAAGCUCAUCUAAUUCUAUGGAGCCCAGACGGAAUCGUUCGAGCAAAUCGACGCUUUCGCAAAAAGGGCAACGUGUGGCAAUCGGCGAAGAACAACAGGAUCUACUAUAGCGACAGUCCAUUGGAAACUUAUCUCAUCCGACACAUGAGGGUAGAAAUGCAUGGGUGGAACAAGGCCAAAAAUUCCCUUGCCAACGCCUGCGCAGACACAUUCCUCUCACGUACCUCGCGGCCUUACUACCACGGCGAAAAGAGCACCUAUCCGAUCCAUUCGGCCAACGACAAAGAGAUCAGUUCUCGCGUCGAGGACGUCUGGGUGUAUUUCCGGGGAAGCUCCGGCAGUGCGAAUCAGUCGUGGGGAGAGCUGCUCUCUCAGCCAUACAAGUACUUCUCGCCGUCAGUCAGAGUCGACCUCCUCGUCAAGUCGGGUCUGAUGGACCGAGAGGAUGCGAAGGCUGUCAUGAAAAAGAUAUACCCCCGUGGACACUUAUUUCCGGUUUUGUCUUCACGUGGAGUUCCGAACAUCACCGGUGGCUUUGGGGCGGAGCUACACAGCUUGACUCAUCCAGCUGACAAGCUUAACCUGGUCGCAGUCGCAGGCAUAGCCACUUUCUCAGGUCUCUUCACCUGGGACCGCUUCAAUAACCUUCUGGUUGAGGGUGGGUGGCCAUGGCUUCGCCAAUAUUCCCGUGCUUAUGCUCAGACAAUCUAUACAACCAUGGUCCUCAUCUUCGCAGCCAUCGAGUGCAAUGACCUGGAGGACCUCGACAAGAUGCGCGAACGGCUGAUUGCUCUGGCUGGCAAGCUGGUAGGAAACCCUGAGAAUCCGCGUAGUAAAUGGAGGGUUCGGCAAAGUGCGUAUCUGCAGAAAGAAAAGGUCUUGAUUCCUGGCAGUCUUGAUGCACAGCAACCGCAAGAAGUUCCUCAGGGAGCUGUCACUGAAAAUUUGCCGUCGGAAUCAUUCGAAAAGGAGUCUUCGGCUCCCAAUGCCAUUGGGUACCAAUGGCAGUACCUCGAAAAGCCUCCCAUGCCGAUCGAAGGACGACUCCCUAGUCAUGUAGCUGUGGGCACACCUUGUGAACAUCAAUCGCCGCCCCAACUCGGUGCCCGAGUCACACUUGCCAACUCCGUCACUGACCUCGCGGCGGCGACUGAGGAUGACAAAAGUCUUACAGUGGCAUUGACGCCCGACCAAGCGGCCAGAAACGAGGCUUUGGAGUUUGUUGUGCAGAACUCGAUUAUGGCAGUCAAAAGAGUUGAAGGCCAGUGCCUUGGCUGCGCUGUCAGGCUGUCUCAUUGUGUAGGUGCCUUGGUUGUCAUUUCAUGA